GUCGACGAUCUUGACAUAAGAUCGACAAGUUAGUCAGUUAUGAAGUUGCUACGAAACAGGCAGCACAACAUACGCAACAAAUUAUUUCCGUUUCGUCAGUUUUUAAUAGUUAUUCGCCUGUCAAACCAAUAAAGUGUUGUGUUCUAUUAAGUUUAUUUGUGUAAAUGGCAAACAAAAAAAAACAAUAAACUAACGGUAUUUAAAUAAUAGUAAAACAAAGUGUACAUAUGUGUGUUGUACUUAACGCACAUAUUAAAGUUUAAUUAUAUUAUAAGCAGUAAUUUAUUUAAAUAUAAGUGAAAAAAAAACUUUGAAAAUUUUGAAAAAGUGGUGUAAUUAUUAGAUUACAAUAAUACCCACUACUAAAGUUUUAAUAAAAAAAAAAAAACUCAUAAAUUUUACUUGGAGCUGAGAAACGAUGACAGUAACUGCAUUUGCGGCCGCAAUGCACAGACCCUUUUUCAAUGGAUACGCCACUAUGCAAGAUGCGGGACAAGGACGCGUCAAUCAAUUGGGUGGUGUGUUCAUAAAUGGUCGCCCCUUGCCGAAUAAUAUACGCUUGAAGAUCGUCGAAAUGGCCGCCGAGGGUAUACGCCCUUGUGUAAUAUCCCGUCAGUUGCGCGUAUCACAUGGUUGCGUUUCGAAGAUUCUCAAUCGCUAUCAGGAGACCGGCUCCAUACGUCCGGGUGUUAUUGGUGGUUCUAAGCCACGCAUUGCGACACCAGAAAUUGAGAAUCGCAUUGAGGACUACAAACGUCAAAAUCCAAGUAUUUUCUCUUGGGAGAUAAGAGAUAAAUUAAUACGUGAUGGUAUUUGUGAUCGCACUACAGCACCGUCUGUUUCGGCGAUUUCGCGAUUGGUACGCGGACGUGAUGCGCCCGGCGAUGAUGAUGGACAGAAAACACAAUCCGGCUCAGAACAUUCGCACAAGCUCUCCGAUGAGGAGGCAUCGGAUUGCGAGAGCGAGCCUGGAAUAGCGCUGAAACGUAAACAGCGUCGCAGUCGCACCACUUUCACAGCUAUGCAAUUGGAAGAGUUGGAACGGGCCUUUGAGCGCACGCAAUAUCCAGAUAUUUAUACGCGUGAGGAAUUGGCGCAACGUACUAAUCUCUCAGAGGCACGCAUACAGGUGUGGUUCAGCAAUAGACGUGCACGUCUGCGUAAGCAAAACACUAAUGGACCUUCGCCAGGCAGCAAUGUUAACGCCAUGACAGGCAGUUAUGUGCCGCACCAGCUGCCACCAGUUGCUGCUGCCGCAGCGGCGGCGAAUAACUAUGCUGCAGCGGCUGCUGCUGCUGGCAUGUUGCCGUCGGUUUCGUCCGAAGCCACAGCAAUGGCUGCUGCAUAUCAACAACAAGUCUAUGAUUUCUAUGCUGGACACCCCACGGCACCAGUGGCGAAUCUAUCAUCGAGUACUAUUGUACCGGGCACCGCUUCCAUGACGCCACCGCAUCAAUAUUACGGUUCCGCUUCCAACUAUAAUUUUGCCUCGCAUAAUCUACUCGGUAACAGUUCGAAUGCAGCAACAUCAAGUGGUACUGAUGUUGGAGCAACGUUACAGUCUCAAUAUCAAGCGAUCUCACCGCUGAUGCGCUCAAACAGCAAUAAUAACAAUAACAACAUGAGCUCAUGCCAAAGUAGCAACAAUCAUAAUCUCAAUUACGCAACAGAAACCGCGACAGAUUCCAAUCAGCUGAUGACACGUGAUGAAAGUCCCAAUGCAUCGGUGUCACCAGCAUUCGGCACUACUGCUAAUAACAGUGGCAUACAAUUACCACCCACACCCAAUAGUUUAACUGCCGUUAUUGGCAAUGAAUCGCAUGUGAGCGGCAAUACUAUUGGCGCAACGAGUGGCGCGCAUGCGGCUGAAGAAUUGCAAAGUGCUUUGAAGACAGAACCACAACAAAUGCAACAACUAUACGGUAGCUGGAAUGCAUCAAUGGCACAGCAACAAACAACAUCAAAUGUCAAUAUCUCUUCCACACGACCCACAGCACCACUCUCGCCGGAGGACUCGCUAAACUCGAGUUCGUCACAAAUGCCCGAGUCGGCGGCGGCGGCGCAUAUGAUGUUCCAACAUCAGCGUGAUUUUACGCACAAUCAUUCCCAGUAUGCACCACCAACGGCAUCAUCCUUCCACACGCAUGCGCAUCAUCAUGCUGCUGCUGCCGCACAAUAUGCCUCGUCGCAUUUGGGUUUCCAUCACAGCCCGGCGGCGGCUAACAUCAGUUCCACAACAAAUGGCGGUUCGUCUCACUUUAUGCAACAGAAUUUCGGUAGUGCAGGUUUUAACUCCUCACCGAAAAUGAAUUAUCCCACAGUGCCACAGCCAUUCUAUCAUUCCUGGUACUAAGCUGGACUUCGGGGAUCUUUACUUUGUAUAUACUUAUUAUACUAAUUUGUAAAUGUUAUGUAACAUAUUUUAUUUUAUUUUAUUUUAGUACUUGAGUUCAGGUGUUAUAAAAUGAGGCUUUUGUUUUAAUCAGUUAUUUUAAUAAUAUAGUGUAUACAUACAUAUUUAUCUACCUAAGUGAACUAAGUGAGGCGCUGCUUAUAUUACAAGUAGAAUAUUAAUAUCGUUCCAAAUUUAUCUUUGAAAUAAAAUAAUUUGCCAUUGUUUUAAGAAUAAUGAAUUCUAGUUUUAGUUUUUAAGAAAAUUAUGCUUUAAAUUUAAAAAUUUUACAGUGUUGUGUAAUCAAUUUUACUUUUUAUUUAAGCAUAAUAAAAAAAUUAAUUAAAAAACGAAAACCUUAUGAAUAUACCACAUUUGCUUUAUUAUUGUACAAUAUUAUACUACAUAUUAAAUAUUAUUAACAUUUAGUAAUUUUUAGUUAAAAAUUAUUAUAAUAAAUAUAAUAGUAUAUUGUUAAGUUAUUGGACAAUCAAUUGCAAUAACUAUGAGAAGAGUCGAACAUUUCAGCUUUGGAACUGUUUUGUUUAUAUGAAACUAUUAUAAACGGAAGUAGUAUUAAUAAAAAAUCGAAA